AUGUCAGAAGGCGGCGGCACACCAGAACAAGGCGGAAAGAAUGAUCAUCUCACAAGCAAUAGUGGAAGAUGCCAUACUGCAGAUACCACAAAGGAGGAGAAUGAGAUCAAAUCUCCAUGGCUCGUCGGAGAUUCAGAAAUACUGAACAAAGUAGAUGAAAGAGAACACAUACCAACGGAAAAUCCAAAGAAAAUCGAAGCAAAACCCUGGAUAGUCAUGGGAGAUUACAAUAAUGUCCUACAGAGCAAUGAUAGAAUUGGAGGGAAUGUUGUAACGGAGAUGAAAUACAAGGAUCCGGCAAACAUGAUGCAAGCAAUUGGUUUAUAUGAAGCUAGCACAAGACGAAAUUACUAUAUGUGGACCAAUAAACACUCUGUAGGUCUUAUCUAUUCAAGGAUAGAUAAUAAGGAUUGGAAAUUCUUAUUGGUUUCAUAA